AUGGAGUACAACUUGCUAAAUCGUGGUUAUCCUACUUACUACGACAUGCCUACGGCAGAUCGCGACCUCUGGUUUCAUCAAUUUGCAAGGAAGGAAAACAGCGAGGUUCCCGUCGAUGAUUCUAAGUUGUUGAGGUCCACCUACACCAAUAAAAAAACUGGUGAGAUCCAGGAUCCAGUUAUCAAGGAGGUACUCCAGCUCGUGGAGAGUCGAAAAGAAGAGAUCCUUUCCACUCAGGCUUCUAUGUGUGAAGACGGAUCUUGCGCUUCUUCCAACACCAUAAUCGUAGAGCAACUCAACAACCUUGUUCUCGAGGUACAUCUUAAUUUUUUUUGGAAUUAA